CCUUUUCCGGUAACUUGAGCCCGAGCUCGCCUCCCCGUGGAAUACAACGCACGCGCCUGCCCCCUGCUCUAACCGAAUGGUUUGCCUCCAGCAACAUGGCCGCGAAGACCAUACAGCGACGGUGGCCGAAAAGGACCAUGGGACGAGGAGACGCAUAGUGAUGACGUCAAGGUGUCGUUCUGGCUGUUUGCGUCUCCAAGGAAACAGGACGCUUCCCCGUGGAAUCAAGGCGGAAUUUGAAACACCAGCAGGAGGGAACAGAUAUAGGUGAUUGAAUGAACAGGAGAAAUUAUUAAGUUGGGAUGACCAGUUAAUGUUCGGAGUGAAGAAAAAGGAUUGUGUGUUUUUUUUUUUUUUUUUGCCAAGUUCCUGAUUUUUCACUGAACUUUCAUCGAUUCUGGCAACCUUUUCUCCUCAAUUCUGGUAGAAUCGUGAAAAAUGCCUUUAAAAGUUGUGGUUGAGCUUCAGAUCCAUGCGGUAACUUGUCCUGGGGUAUUUUUGCCAGAAAGAGAUGAUAUUUUUCUCAGUGUUUCUGUAAUGAACCAAAAUAAGGAGACCGGAGCACUUCCUGCUGUAUUUCCCCUGUUGUUUCACGAAAAGAUGAGAUUUGAAAAGGUUUUUCGAAAAGCCACCGAUCCUGCCGCAGUAGCACAACUUCUGGAAAAAUAUAUGGCAAGAUUUGAACUGGUACAGCUCAGAAACCCAGCUGGGGACAUACUAGCAAGCUAUGAAGAAAAUAAUCGAGACUUCCUGUUUCCUGAGCCCAAGCUGACACCUCCAUACCCAGGAGUGGGCCGAGAGGUGCUAAUGAAAACUGCCCAUGGAUUCCCAGGGAUUGCACCAAAAGUUGAGUUUUCUACUAGAACAACCAUUAAGGAAACAUCACGUGAUUUAAAAAAGAAAUGUCACGUUGACCAUCUACAAGCCCGAAAAUAUUUAUCAAAAUCACAAGGUAAUUUAUGGUCUCCCGAAAAUAAAAGUGGCUCUACAAAGAGCUCAGAGAAGAACUAUAACAAUGCAACACGAUCAUCAAAAUCCCGAUCUCCAUCUCCAUACACUAAAGGGCGAAUGUGCGUGCUUAACAAAGACAACCAAAAGAGACUUGCUCGUUUAAACCUGGGCAAUUCGGAGUCCAAGUCUAAUUCUGAAAAGAGACCUCCUUUUAUUGUUAGACACGUUGAUGGUUCCAAAAGUUUGGAUUGGAUUUCACCGCCGAAAUCAGCCAAGGCCAAAAAGCACUCUAGAUCAUCUGAUAGAUUCAAUCAACAUCAGUUAAGGAGAGCACUAUCGUUUGACAGUUUUCAGGAUGAAACUGCAGAAAAGAAAUAUCUUGAUAAAGAGGAUUUAAGGUCUUCAAAAAAGAAUGUAUCAUUUGAAGAUUCUGGCUCUGCUAGUGGCUCUGCUUUCGAGUUUAAUACACGUUCCCCACAAGAUGAAUACACAGAUCAAGUACUUAGGAGUUCUCUUCGUAAACGGUUUCAACGUGAGGAAAGCACUUGGGAGAUUAUACAUAACCGAGUGCGCAGUCUCUUAUCCACGCACAGUGCACAACAAAGACUGUCUUAUGACAUUUCUAAGCCUGAAGUAGACCAGAUCCUUGACAGGUCUGUUUUUUCAAAGAGCUCACCAAAUAACCGUUUUCUUCAGAAAAGAUUUUGAAUCUGUGAAGUUCCCAGGGUGUUAUGAAGAGGCAACAUUAAAAACAAGUUGUGAUUCUUUAAGCACAGAGUAAAUGUGGAAUAUCAAUUUCUAUGAGUGCAAGUAAAAUGUAUUUAUUAUAUCGAG